UUAGAAAUAAUGGAUUAAUAAAUGGAUAUUUGAAUUUAUAUCAAGAUGAUAUAAAACAAUUGUUUAAAAAUGAAUAGAAAUUAAAUCUGAUUGCUGCGUGAAUCAUUGGAAAUCGCUUAGGGUGUGUCUCCAUAUUGUUAGGUAAUCGUCCGCUACAAACGUAUCGAUUUUUAAAAAAAGUCCCUCCACCGGGUCUGAUGACGUCAUUUAUAUAGAGAAAGAAGGAAAAAAUUUACCUAUACGUAUGAGGUUAACAAAAUUAGUAAAUACUAUAAAAGCUCUCUAUGGCUUAAAAGCAACUUUGACAACACUGACAUUAUUAAACAAUGAAUGAGCUAGUUUUACGAUCACUACAAGUUUGUUAAUUGCUAUAAAUAACAAAUAUUCUCAAAUCCCACCCCGUAACGUCGACACCUUUACUCAUUGUAUUAUAGCACGUAAAUAUUUUCCAAAGCAUGCUUCUUUAAAACUGGAAGGAGUUAUCUAAAUCAGGUAUUAAAUGCAAUCUGGCGGGUGGACAAAACUAUAUGUAACUGGUUAUAUUGUAAGAAAACAUUUAGUUGUUAUCAUUUUGUCUAUCUGCAUUAAAUCAUCAGAUACAAAUAUUUUAAUAUACAAUAUAAUAAACUUCCUGAAAGUAUAGUGAGAUCAGAUAUGUCCCGGCUGAAAGAUCCCCGUUGAGCUUCGGAAACCAUGAUGAAUCAUUCUGAGAUAUGUCCAAUAACGUGCAGAAAGUAUAAAACUAGCACAUCUGAAUAACGAAGUCAUUUUUGCCAGCGUUUUAAUAAAGAACGUAUCAUCUUAAUUAGAAAAAAAAGAAUAGUAAAUUAGCAUCACUAAAUAUAGAUUCUAAAAACGAGACUUCUAUAUUCGGCAAUUUCAAUAUACCUUACAAGAAACAACUGUAUGGAAGCCAAAUAUUUAGAACACGAAAUGGAGCCAUUGGAUAAUGGAAAUCUGAAUGAUGUGCAAGUUUCAGUUGAAAAUCCAGAAGAGGUAAACAUGGCGAAAUUAUACAAGAUACAAUGUUCAAUUCAAGAUGCCGCAAAGAAAACGAUGAACACGAAAUGUUGGUUGGCCAAGACCUGUCUGAAAUGUGUUGCUUUGGUAGCGGCUGUUUUCACUUUUAUUUACCUCACCCAAAGCAUCAACAAAAUACAGAAUGAAGUACAUGAGGACGAUGAGAAACAACCAGAACAUUCAAACCAGUUAAGCCUACCACAGGCAUUGAAAAGUUCCAAGUUUGGCAUCUCUUUGAUGAACAGCAAAAGUGCUGAUCAGUCGGCAUAUUUUGGGCAGUUCCCACCCGAUCAACAAGAUAUUGGAAAUACUGAUGGCAAUCGUAUGUCGGCAGAUGAUAGAGCAUACUUGAAACAUUAUUUUAAUAUAGGUAUGAGAGAAGACGACAUGAUGCAAGAUUGUCAUAACUCACAUAUGAAGCAUUCGUUCCCGGAUAUAGAUUAUGCCUUCCUUGGGUAUGAUAUUUUUCGAGGAUACCCUUUAGCAGAUGGACAUGAUCCCGGAUUUACUUACCCAAUUUUUGCUGCCGACUAUUCACAUGGAAAGCAGACAGCUGAUUGUCGUUAUAGCGUCCCUAAGGGAUUUGUUGUUAUACCAGACGUGUCCUGUGUAACGACUUUCACGUCUGAUGUCAUACAGACUACUACGGAGCUUGUGCGCGGUCUUUCAGUCAAUGCAGGAGCAAGUGGUGGCGGCUUUGGUGUGGCAUUUUCAGCCAGUGCUGGCUAUAAACAGGCCUUAACUGAUUUAUCUUCCAGUGAGUCUGUGUAUAUCGUUUCUACAGCGCAUUGCAACUACUACAUUAGUAAGUUUAAGAAGGAAACCCCACCACCUUUCACGCCAAUGUUCUUCGAUUGGAUUCGUAAGUUAAACAGCUCUACAAGCAAUGAUACUUACUCAGAUUUCUUUGACACUUUCGGGACCCAUUUUGCUAAAGAAAUUACUUUCGGUGCUAGAUUCACAUACGAACAUAAGAUGAAAAGUUCUCUAUAUAAAACGAAACGAGAACAAGGUGUGAACGUUGCUGCUCAAGCGAGUUACAGUGGUAUAUUUAGCGUCAGUGGUGGAUUCAGUCUGACAUCUGAACAGCGACAAGAAGCGUCGGAAUUUUCAAAGUCAGUUGAAACAAAGACUAUUACUGUUGGUGCAGCUCCACCGGCAAAUGGGGAUGCAAUGACAUGGGCCUCUACAGUCCAGAAUAACCCAGUACCCGCCGAGUAUAUAUUAGAACCAAUAGAAAUGUUAUUCCAAGAGGAGUAUAUGGGAAACCUUGGGGUAGAUUAUCAGAAAAUGUCUUUUAACAUUGAGAAACUGAAGAUGAACUAUUACAACAGGUUGAUUGCUAAAAAGUACAAAAUCGACAUCGAGAAUCAAUCCAACCGCUGGAUAACAAAGACUUUAUUAGUGGAUACUGGUAGUCAAUAUGGUACAUGGUCUCCGCCACAGUUCUGUCCGCUGGGAACAUUUGCAAAAGGCUUUUCUUCAAAGUUACAAAACUUACAUGGACCGACUUCAGAUGGUGCGGUAGUGGACGGUGUAAGAUUAAUGUGUGCUGACAAACUCGGGAAACUGAUAAACGGUCAUAUGCGUACUGUGCAGUCCGGAGAGGGCCAUAGGGGAGAAUGGACAGCAAACAUAUUUUGUCCACAGGCAGAUGUUACACUCUUUUUACAACAAUUUGCUCUGAAGGUUCAACAGAAAGAAUACACGAGAGACUUAUCUGUAAAUGGCAUUCAUUUUUCUUGCCGUGACAUGCACUGGACCAGACAUUCUAUAACAGGAAGUCCUUUAGCCGGACAAACCGGCACUUGGAGUGAGAGGUGUCCGCUGGAGUCUGCAAUAUGUGGAAUGCAAACCCGUAUUGUGGGAGAUCAUAUUAGGGGAGGUAAUACGACACUUAAUGAUAUCAGGUUCUACUGCUGUGGAGACGACUCUGCAUAUUUGGACAGAAGUGUGAUAUUUUAGGCCAAGAAGUCAAUAAUGAACAGAACUGUGAUAUAUUAGAUUAAGUAUUUGUUUAAGGCAGUAAAAGUAAAGAGUUCAAGUUUACGGUUCAUGUAAACCCAGCUUAUCUCAAAGGGAAUGUUGCAUCCGAACGUUCACUCAUGUAACACGCAUAUAGAUUAACUGAUAUGACAGUAUAAUUUAUAGUAUAUGACAUCGGUUGUUAAAUGUUGAAUUAUCAUAACUGCAGAUGAAAAAGCAUCGGCAUUCUGUCAUUAUAAACUGACUUCAGUAAUUCAUUUAUAUUAUUUUGCAAUACACUAUCUUUAUUUGUAUAUAUGUUUUUGAAUUCGUAAUUCAAUGUUAUGUUUUUCAUGCUGCUUUGUUUUGGAUAACCGUCGUAUGAUAGCCCCGCCAUUAAAACCUGUGGCGCAUAUUGUGUAACACAUGUCAGUUGCGUCUGUCCGUGCCUAUAAGAAGCUCGCUCGGGGGCGCGCGUGUGUGUGUAUGUGUUGGUAUAUCCAACCGAUAACUUUGCUUUUCAUUGUCAAACUUUUCACACAUAACCAUCAUAACAAGGCAAAAUGAAAAUCUUGAGUAUUCAAAUUGAAAUUUCCAUUAUAAUUUAGUGCAACACCUAAAUAAUUAAAAUCAUUGACUACCUCUAUAACAUCUUCUCCGUAUGUCCAUUUUUCAUUAGCUUUUAGACCACCUCUCUUACGAGAAACAACUACUUUAGUUUUGGCCACAUUUAUUCCAAGCCCCAUUUAUUACAAUAUUCGAGUAGUUUAUCCAAUAGACAUUGAAGAUCAAAAGGAUUUUCACCAAUAAGAACCAUAUCGUCGGCGGACAAAAGUAAAAUCAUACAUACAUCUUCAAAACUUAUACCAGAAUUAUUCGUACUUUGUGAAAAAUUGUCGUUUAUUGAUUUAUUAGUUUAGUCAAAGAAGUAUAAAAUACAUUUUUGUAGUUCUUUGGUUUAUUGUGCCUCCUGAAAAUUAUUAUGUACUCUCUCUGCUCCAUAUCAUAUAAUGCUUUCACUUGCUGUAGGCAUUAUAUUUAUGCAAUAAAUCGAAAUUGAAUUGAACUUAAUGUAUGCACAGCUAAUCUCAAGAAGGUAUAGCACACGCUAAAAGAUAUGAAAAAACCUGUAAUCCCUUGUUCAUUUAGUAAAGAUAUUCGUGAUAAUUAUCAUGAAUAACCUUUACACUACUUUAGUGUCACAUUAUCCUAAAUCUUUCCUGAAAUACUUUUUGCUAUGAUGAGCUUGUUUUGUUUUUCUGUUCAUUUUUCAUUAGUGUGUGACAAUAUGUUUUUCAAAUGUUCAUUACUUAGCAAAAUAAUUUUUGAUAAGUUAAAUAUGAUUAAAUGCAAUCAAUUGAUUUAUUACUUAAAUUUUCACUCCGCAAUAAAUUGAUUAAUUACUUAACUUUUCACUUCAUUGAAUGUAAUAAAAAAAAACGCAUUUCACAUCUAUUUAUGAUAACUGAAAAUGAAAUUGUCAAGUUUGUAAGUACUUUUAAACAUUAUAACUUUUUCCUGCUUUCUAUUUUUUAAGAUAAUAGUAGUUUCAUCUACAUGUAUGUUAUGCUCGCCUAUUACUAAAUAACGUAGUGUCUUCUUUUUUCCGUUCCGUAUAUUACAUUAUUGAAAAACAGAAUUAAACCAAGUUGAUG